AUGGGCUGCUGUGGCUGCUCUGGAGGCUGUGGCUCCGGCUGUGGGGGCUGUGGCUCCGGCUGUGGAGGCUGUGGGGGCUGUGGCUCUGGCUGUGGGGGCUGUGGGGGAUGUGGCUCCAGCUGCUGUGUGCCUGUCUGCUGCUGCAAGCCCGUAUGCUGCUGUGUGCCAGCUUGUUCCUGCUCCAGCUGUGGCAAAGGGGGCUGUGGCUCUUGCGGGGGCUCCAAGAGAGGCUGUGUCUCCUGUGGGGGUUCCAAGGGGGCCUGUGUCUCCUGUGGGGGGUCCAAGGGGGGCUGUGUCUCCUGUGGGGGGUCCAAGGGGGGCUGUGUCUCCUGUGGGGGUUCCAAGGGGGCCUGUGUCUCCUGUGGGGGGUCCAAGGGGGGCUGUGGCUCCUGUGGGGGGUCCAAGGGGGCCUGUGUCUCCUGUGGGGGGUCCAAGGGGGGCUGUGGCUCCUGUGGGGGCUCCAAGGGGGGCUGUGGUUCUUAUGGCUGCUCCCAGUCCAGCUGCUGUAAGCCCUGCUGCUGCUCCUCAGGCUGUGGGUCAUCCUGCUGCCAGUCCAGCUGCUACAAGCCCUGCUGCUGCCAGUCCAGCUGCUGUGUCCCCGUGUGCUGCCAGUGUAAGAUCUGAGGCUCUGACUGCAGACCGCAGGUGGCCUGACUGGUGAAGGGCCCGGCUGCCCAGCUUCCUUGCCCUGGGUUCUCUGGUGCUCCACUGUCUCCACUGUGUCCUCACUGGCUUCAUCCACUCCACACCAGCGCUCCCGAAACUGACUGGGGACCCCUUCUGGCUCAUUGCCCACUACUUCUCCUGAACUUCCUCUCCCUGCUCCUCGCUCAUUUAAGAUCCAAAGCGGCCCACUGAGGCCCCAGAGGCAGAUCAGACCCCUUAGACCCUGACAGCUGCCCCUUAUUUCAGGAGUGUGAUCGACCCUCAAUCUCUCUGGCUCUGUGUAUAUCAAGACUGAAUCCUGACCCUCUAAAUAAACAAAGUCUCUAAGCACAAAGCUCACUGUCUUGUGGUUCUCUCCUUCCCACCUCUCUCUCAUUCCCAGAAGCACCAUC